UAUACAGUUGUUACACCUGGUGGUUGUGGUAUGCAUAUGGGGAAGUUAAUUCUAUACUUUGUGCAAAUUUAAGAAUGUUUUAAAGUGGCACCUGUAUUAUCCAGGAGUUCUUCAAAAACAAUGUGUACUGAAAUCAUUGGGAUGCAAACUGUUAACUGUAUCCCUGCCACAACGGCCACUAACAUCAAUGUGUUCCCUUGCACAACAGAACGGUUGGACAGGGGUAGAAAAACAGCAACGUUAGGUGUAAUGACUGGAUAUCCAUGGCAUUAUGUUGGGAAAUAAUUUCAAUGUAGCCAACUGUUUGUUUUUGUCUUCUUUUAGAAGGUUUAGAAUACUGCUGCAAUUUCAAAGCACGUUUCUAUAAUUAUUUUGGGUAAAGAUCUGCAGGAGUUCCACGUCCAAACUCUUAAGUUGAUUCACAGCACUGGUCUCCCUUUUUGUUUAAAGCAGUGAUAAUUUUAGAAAUGGGUGUUUGUUUCUGUACGUUAUGUACUUGGCCACGGAGCGUUUCAGCAGGGCAACUUUCCCGUUAAUGAUUCACAAACAUUUAGGAUGUUUUUUUCAAAAAUCCUGCCACCUGGCUUUAAUACUUCUUUGGCUUUUGAGCUGGUAGCUAGGAAACCCAGCCUCUUGGCCAGAGUGCUUCAUUCCAGCGUCCCUGCUAUGACCAGGCAGCUGAUCUCAGGCUGCUUCUUUAGAACAGCCAAGGAGAGUAAUAAGGCCAAAUAAAAUAGGUUAAAGUCUGUGAUUCUAAAGUGCUUGUUUCAAAAUGCUUGACAUUUUGUCUAAUUAAUAGUUUGUGUAUAUUUUUCUGCUUCAAUUGUCUUUGCUUUUCCAAGAAAGGUCUGGGGUUUUUUUUUUUUUUACUAUUACAUGAAUUCUCUUUCUCUCUCCCUUCUGAUAUUCUUUGCAUGAUCGAGCAAUGUUUUCCAAACUGAGGCAGAAGUAUGCAUGACGGAAGUCAGCCAGCCCAAGUGCUGUAACGGUCACUGGGGCUGAAGAAACAUAAUCAGUCUAAAGCUUAUGAAUAAAGGAGAACAUCUGUAGCUCAGGGUUGACGUGAGGAGUCCUUGCCCAGGAAUCCAAAGUCCCCCCACAUGAACAGAAAGAGGAACGGAAAUUGUCAUACUCUCCAGUGCAUUGCAGGUGAAUAUAUCCAAGAAGCAGCAGGUCAUGUUAAAAAAAGCAGUUCUUCCCAAGAUGGAGAAGGCCGUAUUAUUCCUGGCACACUUUAUUGUACUAAUCUAAGAGUGGCCUUCCUACCAGAUUCCUCUCCAAACAAUGAGAAUGACCCUUGCUGUCUGUUUAUGUGCAGUGAUUAUGAAGUGGCCCUACCAUGUAUUGGAAAACUGGUGGCUGUGAAUAGUUUCACAAAAGCCAAGGUGCUGACGAGCACAUCUACACUGAAGUUCAUUCCUGAGGAACUGAUCAUUUACUGCCGAGAUUUCCGGGUGCUAAGGUUCCAGUUCCACGAAAAUGGCUUAGAACCUCAGGCCUUCCAGGUGACAAUGGCCAUUGCACAAGCUCAGGAGAACAGUGGCAGGGAUACCUGCUAUGAAUACCUAACUCUGAAGAAUUUGGAGAACAGCUGCCUGGCCAGGCAGGACAUACAGCUGCAGGAAGAAUUCUCAGUAGUGCUUUUUGAGACCCUCUGUGACUGGGAAAAGGAGCUGAAGCGUCUCGGUGCAGCUGGCUGGCGAGUCAGCCCAGUCAAUGAGCGCUUUGAUAUGUCUACCAGCCUUCCUAAAUACUUGUGGGUCCCCAGUCGAUUUCUGGACAAUGAGCUGAAAAGAGCCUUUGUGCAUUUCAACGAAAGACGAAUACCAAGGUUGUGCUGGCAUCACCCAAGAGGCAGUGAUCUUCUUAGAGCAGCUAACUUCCACACUAACUCAGAUCCAGAGAAGGAAGAUAUAAGGGCAAUAGAAACGCUAUUGUUUGCUGGACAUUCUCAGUGUGUAAUUGUAGAAGCAACUGCUGACCUUCCCAGCCUUCCCGAGAUCCACCAGUCUUACUCCAAACUGUGGAACCUGAGCCUUUGCCUGACAGAUACAUCUGUUGCACCAUCUGAUGAGAAAUGGCUCUCAAGUCUGGAAAAUACACGGUGGCUGGAUCAUGUACGAUUAUGCUUGAAGAAAGCCAGUGAAGUGACUCUUCUGCUAACAGAGAGAAGUCGAUCAAUUGUUCUGCAAGAAUCAGAUGACAGAGGUUUGAAUUGUUUGCUGGCUUCCCUAGUGCAAGUUCUUUCAGAUCCCUAUACAAGGACUAUACAUGGAUUCCAGAGUCUGAUCCAGAAAGAAUGGGUAGCAGCUGGCCAUCCUUUCCUGCAGCGUCUCAAUGUACUCCAGAAAAAUGACCAGGAUGAGUCACCGGUAUUUUUCCUGUUCCUGGAUUCUAUAUGGCAGCUGCUGCAUCAGUUCCCACAAUCUUUUGAGUUUACAGAGGCCUACUUGAUGGCCAUAUAUGAUAGCUGCUUCAUCCCAUUUUCUAGUACUUUCCUAUUCAACUGCCAGUGGGAACGAAGUCGAAAGAAUCAGAAUCAUUUUCUCAAUCAAAUUUACACUCCUAUCAAUGGCUGGCAAGAAAAUCUCUGCUUAGAAAUCCUGCAAAAAGGAGGGUACCCUGUCAAGAAUGUAGGGCACACGAAUUUGUCUACAGUUUGGAACUGGCUACUCAGAUCCAACCCCUGGCAAAUAGCACAGUUCAGGAAUCCCUGGUACAAUGAGAACAACUUCAGCAAUGGAGGCACCACUUUAAACAAAAAAUUCCUAUUCACAAAUGGCGACAGGAUGGAAAACACUUCUUCAGAAAAAUGGACCUUGUACGUUUUUUCAAAAGGGUCUCUCAGUUUGCAAACCCACAUAUUUCCUUGGAAAAAUGGAACCCUCUCCAAAAAGAGUUUUCAUCGUGUUCAGGCACUGGAGACUUCUAGAGAACAAGAAAGGUCUUGGAAGGCCAAAUCUAAUGACAGCUUCAUUUAUCAUAACAAUUUGCUGCUUCUCCCAUCGCAUUCAGGAACUUCAAUACGUUUAUGGAAAAGGUGUUAUCUUCGGGGGAAUCCAGAAGUUCAGGUUGGCCUCUUUGCUUCCAACAUUGUUAAACUCACGGAAGAACUGGAUCGUCUUCAAAAGCAGCUAACCUAUUUGCAAGCAAGAGGAAGUUAUAGUACAGCUCUGGAAAAUGCGUAAGAAGGCUACAGCAGUUUAUUAAAAAUAGUUCAUUCUUGUCCUCCCAUGGAUAAUGAAUGGGCUUCGUGAACGUUCAUGGAAAACGUGAGCUAUUGCUUCUCCUUCAUAUGAUACCACCCACCACAAGCUGGGUUUUAGAAACUUCUUAAAUGAGGCAUUGUACUUUAUAUAUUCCAUGCAUAGUUUUCUAAAAUGAACAUCCUUGCAAAUGAACUAACGUUCUUAUGCUGCAGAGACAAUGACAUGCUAUAUAAUUACAGCCCUGGAAUACAGAAAAGGAUUAAUAGGAACUUUUUUUUUAAUUGCCUGCCUUCCUGCCUAAGAGGUAACCUGUAAAUAUAUUAAUAAUUGUUAAGUAGCAUCAAAAGCUGACUUAUACAUUCAGUAGACAGAAAUCAUCAACCCUGGAGCCACAGACUCAACAUGCAUGAUACACUGUAGCACAAAAACAUAAUCCUUUUAGCUUCCCUCUUCUUAUAUCAAGCUUAUUGUUUAUUCACUCAAUUUGUACUAUCUGCUGUAUGUAUGUGUGUGUGUGUAUAUAUAUAUGUACUGUAUAUGCAAGUUUUUGUGAGUGAAACCUUCCAUAUUUCUUUAAAGGCAAGAGUUUGUCAUAACUUAAAUUUUAUAUUAUUUCAUAAGCUUUGGUUUAGAAGCCUUAACAGCACAGGAAAUUGCCAAUUUUAAGGUAAUGGCUUUUUAAAUAAAAUAAAAAUCUCUGUAAACAGCAUACACCCAAA